UGAUGGAUACGAACUUGUUUGCAAGUCGUAACAUGUGUACGGAGAAUCUUGAAAACAUAGAAAUGUGUAAAAAUGUUUGUUUUCGUUGUGUUUUGUGUGUCUUUUUCUAUUUUUCUUUCACUAUGAAGUGUACACAGAGCCGAUGACACUGAAUCUGCUGAUUUUCUGAAGGAGAGGUGAUGGCUUUGGAGCCACGAGUUACCUCCCAGAAGACAGCCACCAUGUGUGGUCCUGUUAAUGCAGACAUGAAUUCCGAUCCAUGUGCUGAAAUUUCUCUGAAAGAUUUUCUUGAUUUCCUCUGCACUGCUUAUCAGAUUGCUGAGGCUAUUGAGGGUACACCAAAUGAUGUCAGUAAUAAGGCAGGCGUAGAUUGGAAUCAACUUACGAAAAACCCUCUCAUUACUCAUCUUUUAGAAUUGGAGGAACAAAGCACAACAAAUGCAGCUGCCCAACCAAGCCCAGAUUCUAAUGGUUGUUUAGAUAAUGUGACUGAUGAUGUCAUAGGCUUGAAUAAAACCGUCAUCAGCAAUGACAAGAGAAAGAAUUUCAUGAUGUUUCAAAGAAUGCAAAGCAUCUCUAUUGACUGUUUGAGAAAUGUUGAUGAAAGUGUUGGACCCAAGAUAUCAAUGCCAUUAGAAAGAAGAUUGUCUACUGGAUCAGUCGCAUUGGAAAAUGACUUUUUGUUAAAGACUCCAAUUGUUGAGAGUAAUCAAAUUGUGUUGCCGGUUUCCCCUCAGCCACCACCUCAGCCUGUCACAGUGGAUACUCUUAUAAAGAAAAAAUUAAAUGAUGUACUUGAAGAAGGGAUUUUGGAUUCAGUGCUGCCAUACUUGGUGCCAAAACCUUUAGUUUCAUCUAAUAUGUCGACAAUUCCAACAAUUAUUAGUAAAAGUUCCUCAUCAAGCAUUGAAAAUAGAAAAGGUUUGUCUCCUCAAGAUGGUCAAGCAAACGAGCAUGGUGAAAAAUUAAGGACACGCACUUUGACAACAACUCCCUCUGUAGAUGGUUCAAAACCUGAUUUGGAAGUUGAAAUUCAUGUUUGUGAUGAAGUUAAAAACUUAAAGAAAGAUUUCCGUUGCCCUCAAAAACUACUUGUGUCAAAAAUGGGCUAUUUUGCUGAAGUUACUACAGGUCAGAAGUUAGAGGACAUGGAUAUAUCAGUUCACUGUGAUCUCAACAUUUUUGAUUGGCUCAUGAGAUGGGUCAAAAAAGAUUUAAAUCCUCAUGAAAGUCCUCCCACUUUAGAUGCAAGUAACGUAGUUCCUAUUCUUGUCUCUGCCGCUUUCCUCCAAAUGGAGCCUUUGAUGCAGGACUGUUUACGCUAUUGUCACAAAAAUAUGAACAGUAUUUUGAGGACAUCCACUAACUUGGCAUGUCUUAAUGACAGUAUUUUAACAAAGUUAGCAAAUUUGUACAGUAAUAGUGAUGUAGAACAGCUUCGAGACAAGAAAGAUAGAGUCCAGUCAAGAAUAUUUUGCAAACUCAUCAGCAUAUUAGCUGAACCAAAACCAGAUGCAAGAAGAGGUCACUAUGCUAGUUUAGCUGCUUUGUUUAAAUGCAGCCGUUGUGGAAAACUCAUUCUUCGACAGCUUGGUGGACGAAUUGCUUGUAAACCAGGAAGUUCAAGACUUGAUAGAAAUGGUGUUUUGCAUGGUAAUCACUCAAGGGAACCCAAUUGGAAUCUCAGUGACUACAUUAAAACUCUUAGGACUGAACUUAAAUCCUGGAGAAGAGUUUACUGGAGAUUGUGGGGUGAUUGUCAUUUCCAAUUUUGCUCUCUUUGUCAUUCCCAUUAUCCAAUUUACCAGAGAAACUGGUGUUUACAUCAUGUGGAUCCACCCCAAUUUUUUUCAAUGGAGAACCAGAGAACUCUGUCCUAUCCAAUUGGUCGAUAUCCAUGUUGUGGAGAGCGUGUAUAUCGUUUUGAGGUGGUGAGAAGUUCAACGGGUUGUAAUUUCCGCUCCCACCAACCUCUGCUACAAACAGUUGUAGACACUGAAAUAGAGAGAAUAUUUCAAGCACAUAGCAAUAUUUUAACAUUUGAUCCACCACCUAUAUCAUUGUCAGACAGAUUAAGCAGAUUAGUUGCAACGAGUUCAAGAGAUCCAGAUGAGGGUAAUAGCAUGGGUCCUGGAGGCCAAAACAGAAGUAAAGAUCGUGACAUUCAUUGGUGGGAUGGCUUGGAGUUGGCUCCAGCAAGAACUAAGCACGGGCUAUUGGGCAGAGUCUGGGACAGCUAUCAACAAAGACUUACUCGUGCAACCAGUCCUGUUUCUACUGACACAAGCAGCAGUGGACCACCUGCUAAAACUCCUAAUGUGAAAAAGCAAAUGUCUACUGUUGAAGCUUCCCCUGCAGCUACAAAUGGUGCAGUCUCUGGUAGCACAGGUAUUGGGAGCUCUUUGGAACAUGACACCAGUUCAGAAAUUUCUAGCUCUGAAAGUGAGGAAGUGUCAGAGGAAAAUUCUGAGGAAUCUUGCCACACACGAUUCCGUCCUGUAAGACAGAGGAGGAGAAAGGCAGGAAAUAGACGCACUAGAGCAACGGCAAGCAGGCCAGUAGACACAGGUCCUCAGUGGAUUUCAAAGUUAUCAACUAGAAAUAAUCAAGAUAAUCAAAGGGAAUAUGAAGAGAGGGCUGUGCGGCACAUGGCAGCUUUGCUAACAAGGCGUACCAGUGGUGUGCAAGGAACUGGCACAGCUGCUGGUGGCCAGCACAGAUCCAACCACCACCACCACCAUGGACACCAUCACCACCAUGGUCACCACCACCACCAUCACCAUCAUUCUCAUCACCACAGCAUGUGGAAUGGGCACUACACCCCACCUGGUGGCACUUAUGUACGUAUUGAAGCAGAGUGGAAGGAACAGCAUUCUGGGUAUUCAGGGUCAAAUGGCCGAGGCCGUCCAUCAACUUCAUCUCAUUCUUUGACUCGACAGAAAAGUAAGAGUAGUAGGUAAGAUGCUAAAAUCAGUUUAAUUGGAUCAGCAUAUUGUAAACAUAUUUGUUUAUUGAGUAUUUGGCAGGUAUUGUGUGAUAUAUUUAUUGAAAGGGUGACUACAACCUAUGAGUUGUUAUUUGUUGUAAUUUUGUUAUAUUCUUCUUUACUCUGUUGAUUUUGUUCCUUUUUUGUUACCAAAUUGUACUUUUACAUUUUGUUACAUUUGAGACUUUUGUAAGUGUUCUAAAAUUUUUAAUGAUCUAUACUUGUGUUAGAUAGCCAUGUGUUUGUUUAUACUAUUCAGGGUUUCUAUACAUUUUCAUUGUUAAUUUUUCUUUUUGAAGUUUUUGAAGUUUAGUUACAUUCUAUUUCUUACAUUUAUAUGUUUGAUAGAUGGCAUAUAGGAUUACCAUACAACUAGUUUUCUAGUUACUCCACAACAUUGGGUGAUUUAUAUUACCUUAUACUGUUUGUUUUUUUUGUAUUAAUAGUUUAAUUAUAAUGAUCUCUAAGACACUGCCCGUUUCUGAAAACAGAUCUGUAUAACUAUCCAAGAUCUUCUUUCUACCAUAUUUUUACUUUAAUUUUUAGUUGACGUAGAUGACUUUAUAAAGUCAUGAAAUGCGUACAAUAAAAAUUUACAACAGCGUUUUAGAAA